AUGGCACACCAAGCACACUCCUACCACAUAGUUGACCCAAGCCCAUGACCAAUCUUCGGCGCAGCCGCAGCACUACUAACCACCUCUGGCCUAAUCAUAUGGUUCCACUACAGCUCGACCACCCUACUGACAAUAGGCCUCCUCUCUAUACUUCUAGUCAUGCUGCAAUGAUGACGAGACGUAGUCCGAGAAAGCACCUUCCAGGGCCACCACACCCCAACUGUCCAAAAGGGCCUACGAUACGGAAUAAUCCUUUUCAUUACAUCAGAGGCCUUCUUCUUCCUAGGAUUCUUCUGAGCCUUCUUCCACUCAAGCCUAGCCCCAACACCAGAACUGGGGGGCCAAUGGCCCCCAACAGGAGUCAAACCCCUAAACCCCCUUGAAGUACCCCUACUAAAUACAGCAAUCCUCCUAGCCUCAGGAGUCACCGUUACAUGGGCUCACCACAGCAUCACAGAAGGAAACCGAAAACAAGCCAUCCACGCACUAACUCUCACAAUCCUCCUAGGAUUCUAUUUCACAGCCCUACAAGCAAUAGAGUACCAUGAAGCCUCCUUCUCAAUCGCUGACAGCGUCUACGGCUCCACCUUCUUCGUCGCUACAGGGUUCCACGGACUACAUGUAAUCAUUGGAUCAUCCUUUUUAACAGUUUGCCUCCUACGACUAAUCAAAUUCCACUUCACACCAAACCACCACUUCGGAUUUGAAGCAGCAGCCUGAUACUGACACUUCGUAGACAUCAUCUGACUCUUCCUCUACAUAUCCAUAUACUGAUGAGGAUCUU